AUGGAAUUCGCUGAACAAAUUAAGAAGGUUGAUGAAAUGCUUGAUGAUUCUUCGUUAUCUCAUUCCGAAAUUCAUCCUGAAACAGUUUACGUGAGCAGACAACUCGAUCCUCUAAAUAUCAAGAAUAAUAAUCGUGAUGAAAAAAGAAUAUUGAAAACUUAA